AUGGGGAAUAGUCAAAACAAAACUGAAAAGGUGUCCCAGUUUAACACUAUGUUAUCCUUUCAGGAGGUAUGUGAUUUGGAGACACUUGAAAAUUUAUACUGUGAGAGUGACAACAAUGAGAUGUAUAUGGAUACAAAUAAAGUAUCGACUGGUCCACAGUUUUCGAGUGCCUCGAAAUUCUAUCCCUUACACAUAAGAGGAAGCAUUCUGGAACAAUUUCAGAAAAGAGUGGAGAGAGACCUCACAAACUUAGCAUAUGUUGCCAGACAAAAUGAACAUACAAAUUUAAACAAAAGUGAAUUAUCAGCACUAAAUGAUCUCAAAAGAGAUACCAGUUUGGUGAUAAGAUCAGCGGACAAGGGUGGGUCCGUGGUUGUCAUGGACAGAAGCUUCUUUGUUCAAGAAGCAUCACGACAACUAUCGGACCCACUACAGUAUACCCUACUGUCGCAAGAUCCUACUGCAAGAUUCAAACGUGAAUUGUUGCAUUUGAUUGAUGAUGGAAUGGAAGCAGGCUUUGUGGAUGAGAAAACAAGAUCUGCUUUAGCUGCAAAUGUUUGCAAAAAAAUUACAGGACGACUAACAAGUGCAAUUGCAAAACAGGAGGAUGUGUCUGUCCAGCUCGAAGCAUUGGAUAUUAUGGCCGAUAUGCUGAGCAGGCAAGGUGGGCUGCUUGUUAAUUUUCAUCCAUCAAUAUUGAGUUGUCUGCUCCCUCAACUGACAAGCCCAAGACUGGCUGUAAGAAAAAGGACCAUUAUUGCUCUUGGCCAUCUGGUUAUGAGUUGUGGAAAUAUUGUGUUCAUUGAACUUAUAGAACACCUUUUGUCAGAGCUCUCUAAAAAUGAUUCCAUGUCUACUACUAGGACCUAUAUACAAUGCAUAGCUGCUAUUAGUAGGCAAGCAGGACACAGAAUAGGUGAAUAUUUGGAGAAAAUAAUUCCUCUUGUAGUCAAAUUUUGUAAUAUAGAUGAUGAUGAAUUGAGAGAAUAUUGCAUUCAAGCAUUUGAGUCAUUUGUUAGGAGGUAGUGAUGAUGAGUAUAGCGAUGAUGAUGAUAUGAGCUGGAAAGUUAGACGUGCAGCUGCUAAAUGCUUGGAUGCUGUGGUCAGCACUCGUCAUGAAAUGCUGCCUGAAUUCUACAAGACUGUGUCUCCUGCAUUAAUAGCUAGGUUCAAGGAACGUGAAGAGAAUGUGAAAGCUGAUGUUUUUCAUGCCUACCUUUCACUUUUAAAGCAGACUAGGCCAAUACAAAGCUGGCUAUGUGAUCCUGAUGCAAUGGAGCAAGGAGAAACGCCUUUGACAAUGCUGCAGAGCCAGGUACCAAAUAUUGUGAAAGCCCUACAUAAACAGAUGAAGGAGAAGAGUGUGAAGACUCGCCAAUGUUGUUUUAAUAUGCUAACUGAGCUGGUUAGUGUCUUACCUGGAGCACUAACGCAACACAUUCCAGUUUUAGUACCAGGGAUCAUAUUUUCAUUAAAUGAUAAAUCAAGUUCUUCUAAUCUGAAGAUAGAUGCAUUAUCAUGUCUGUAUGUGAUACUGUGUAAUCAUUCUCCUCAAGUCUUCCAUUCACAUGUACAGGCAUUGGUUUCACCAGUUGUAAUCUGUGUUGGUGAUCCAUUCUACAAAAUUACAUCAGAAGCCCUUUUGGUUACACAACAACUAGUUAAAGUAAUUCGACCCUUGGAACCACCAUCUUCCUUUGAUGCUACCCCAUACAUAAAAGAUCUGUUUUCAUGUACAAUAAAGAGACUGAAAGCAGCAGACAUUGAUCAAGAAGUCAAAGAACGUGCAAUCUCCUGCAUGGGUCAAAUUAUAUGCAGUCUUGGUGAUAGUUUAGGUAGUGAUCUCCCCAGUACCCUACAGAUUUUUCUUGAAAGACUAAAAAAUGAGAUCACACGGCUAACAACGGUAAAAGCCCUAACACUGAUUGCUGGAUCUCCAUUAAAAAUAGAUUUACGACCAGUUUUGGGGGAAGGCGUCCCAAUUCUCGCAUCUUUUCUGCGAAAAAAUCAGAGAGCUUUAAAACUCGGGACACUUUCUGCUUUAGACAUCUUAAUAAAAAACUACUGUGACAGCCUAACAGCUGAAAUGAUUGAUGCUGUGCUAGAUGAGCUUCCACCUCUUAUUAGUGAAAGUGACAUGCAUGUUUCUCAGAUGGCUAUUAGUUUUUUAACAACUUUAGCUAAAGUAUAUCCAACCUCCCUAUCAAAGAUUAGUGGUUCUAUUCUGAAUGAACUAAUUGGACUAGUUAGAUCCCCACUGCUUCAAGGAGGGGCACUUAGUGCAAUGCUGGAAUUUUUCCAAGCUUUAGUUAUCACAGGAACAAGCAGCUUAGGAUAUAUGGAUCUGUUGCGUAUGUUAACAAGUCCAGUUUAUACACAAAAUACAGCACUUACUCACAAACAGUCUUAUUAUUCUAUUGCCAAAUGUGUAGCAGCACUUACCCGAGCGUGCCCUAAAGAAGGACCAGCUGUUGUUGGGCAAUUUAUCCAGGAUGUUAAAAAUUCUAGAUCUACAGAUUCCAUUCGUCUCUUAGCUUUGCUUUCUUUAGGAGAAGUUGGCCAUCAUAUUGAUCUAAGUGGACAACUAGAGUUAAAAUCUGUUAUUUUGGAAGCUUUUUCCUCUCCUAGUGAAGAAGUGAAAUCGGCAGCCUCUUAUGCAUUGGGUAGCAUAAGUGUAGGCAACCUACCAGAGUAUCUGCCUUUUGUCUUGCAAGAGAUAACAAGUCAACCUAAGCGACAGUAUCUUUUACUUCAUUCCCUCAAGGAAAUUAUUAGUUCAGCGUCUGUUGCAGGCCUUAAACCAUAUGUUGAGAAUAUUUGGUCUUUACUUCUAAAACACUCUGAAUGUGCGGAAGAAGGAACCAGGAAUGUUGUUGCUGAAUGCUUGGGCAAGCUAACAUUGAUUGAUCCUGAGACACUCUUGCCACGGCUUAAAGGAUACCUGGAUGCAGGUUCAUCAUAUGCACGAAGUUCUGUUGUAACAGCUGUGAAGUUCACCAUUUCUGAUCAUCCACAACCAAUAGACCCACUACUGAAGAACUGCAUUGGUGAUUUUCUAAAGACAUUGGAGGAUCCUGAUUUAAAUGUCCGUAGAGUUGCUCUUGUGACAUUUAAUUCUGCAGCUCACAAUAAACCAUCUUUAAUCAGAGACCUGCUUGAUUCCGUGCUUCCACAUUUGUAUAAUGAAACAAAAGUCAGAAAGGAACUGAUCAGAGAGGUGGAAAUGGGCCCUUUCAAGCACACAGUUGAUGAUGGACUUGAUAUUCGAAAAGCAGCCUUUGAGUGCAUGUAUACUCUUCUUGACAGCUGCCUGGACAGGCUUGACAUCUUUGAAUUUCUCAACCAUGUUGAGGAUGGUUUAAAGGAUCAUUAUGACAUAAAGAUGUUGACAUUUUUGAUGUUGGUCAGACUUUCUACACUUUGCCCGAGCGCAGUACUGCAGAGGUUGGAUAGGCUGGUGGAACCCUUACGAGCCACAUGUACAACAAAGGUAAUACCUUUUUUUAUUUGUAAAAUGGGAGAUAUUGCCGUUACCAUUAGAGACCUGUUCUUGGAUUUUGAGCACAGGAUGUGCUACAGACUGGACCGCCUUGCGUCCCACAUGGAGCAAGUACACGCUGAGAUCAUGGCGCCUAAGCUUCAGGCGGCGAGGGAGAUGGAACCUAUAAACCAAGGAGUAAACCCGCAAUCUAACAUAGCCCAGCUUACUGCAGGGGGAGUUAUGCUGUGCCCACAGCUGAUAGCCUGCAUGGGAUCCUCGCCUGAUAUUCCGGUCUCAGCUCUGGAGGAGGCGGCCGGCCCUCCGGACGGGGACUCUAAAUUCGCUAGCGCUCACGACGAGAUCCAUAUGGAGGCAGCUGCAGGGCACUUAGAGGCGGAGGCCAUGGAUCGGAGAGAGGAGACCUCUCGAUGCAAAGAAGAUUUCCGCCGAUGGCGGAGCAUGUCCGCAUCUUCCUGUUUCCAGCUGGGUCUAGUGGAGGAGGCUGAGGUCUCGCCGGGAUGCCAAGGUGGUCAGACAGUGGAGGAACCCCUUCGGGCCCUUUCCCUGGAAGGCCCUGCUACGGCUUCUCAAGCCUCAGCUGAGGUGAACAUCCCUGUUGAACAUCCAAUGAAUUUAGAAAACAGCUCGGCAGGGGG